AUGAAGCAACAGACUUCAAAACCCACCCUUGCACACCACCGUGCUAAGAUCCAACGGCUUGGACACUCUGGGGGUGUUGAUCCCAUGAACAGGAACACAAACAAGGUGAUGCGGUCAAUCAGAAGAUCCGUCAAUAGAAAAUAUACACGUGUCAAUAAUUCUAUGCAUCUCCUUCCUGACAGGACAGCCACAGAACCGACCGGAUUACCUGGAAUUACCGGUUGCCAGCCCUCACUCUUUUUGAUCAACUCUAUGAAUUUGUUUGAUGAUUUGAAAUCUGAUCUGGGUUUGGGAAGAUUGGGACGUGUGGUUGGCUUAUGUGUUCGUAUGUUUCUGCUGAUUGGCUGA